AUGGACAUCCCCAAGAACGGGGAGAGCAGCCGACCGCCGACGCAAGGGUCAGCGCCGGGCGCGCUCAUUCUUCCCGAGUGGGAUGUUCUUCCACAAAAGCAUCUGCACUCGUCUCUCGAUAUGAUCUCGCUCCUGCAUCUCGAUGGCCUGUACAACACAUAUGUCCGUCCGUACUUUGACCCGAUUCCCGAGACGGACGACGAGGGCAACGAGAAGCCGACCCGGCAGAAGAAGAAGCAAGGUCUGAGCAAGGGCUACGACCCGGUACCGAUGGGCGACCAGGCGGGGCAGUCGUUGCUGCCGUUGAUUGGCGACUUUCUCGACCCUCCGGAGCCGGUUGCGCAGCUUUACGAGGAUGCGCUGACCGCGCUGCCGGCGGAGGCGUUCCGGAGUGCGCGGCUCGAGGUGGGCCUCAAGACCGAGGGCUACGCUGGUGGCGAGAAGGUCGGUGUGCGUGAGGCCGAGGAGAGGCGAAGGAGGAAGAAGGCUCGUAUGUCGCAGAGCGUCGCGCCCGACCUCCCCGAACUCGCGAACCCCGGUGGUGCGAUGCCGAGCCCCGCUCCACCGCGCCCCGGCCGCCCUUUCACCCCAGGCCAGCGCCGACCAUUCGGCACGCCGGGCCCAGGCAUGAAGCCCCCGUUCCCGCGAGCAAGCGCACCGCCAGGUUAUCGUCCUGGUACCCCUGGACGACCUGGUACACCAGGAGCAACACCUGGCACCCCCGGCUACGCUCCGCACGGCGUAUCGCAUGCCCCUGGCACACCGAACAAGCGGCCAGGCAGCGAGCAACCACAUGGCGCAGUCAAGCGUGUCAAGCACGGCGGUGGCAGCCGCAGCGCCAGUCCUGCCGAUGUUGGCGUUAGAGCCGUCUUCAAGAGGUAA